AUGGCCACACCCGUUCCACAGCGGCUGCUGGCUACCCUAGAAAAACUAGACAAGGCUACAUUUGAGACCUUCCAGUGGAACCUGAUGCAGGAAACACUCAAAGGCUUCACUCCCAUGUCAAUCGCCAGUCUAGAGGAUGCUAGCAGGCACAAGACAGUGAGUAAGAUGGUGCAGGCCUAUGUGAAAAUAACAUGUAUUCGAUGAUGAUUCUUUACAAACCAUGUCAUGGAGAGUCUCUCUCUCUUGCCAGAUCAAGCUGCUACUCCCCAGUCUAGCCAGGAUCAAUCUGCAGUCAUGGAGACAAAGCAGUAUGGUGCCCAAUUUGUGGAUGAUAACAUGGAAAAACGUUUUCAAAGGAUUACCAUGGUGAUGCCAAUAGCAGAUGGCCUUUACCAGAAGAAAAUGAUCCACGAUGAGGAUUACUCUGAAAUCACUGCGGCCCAAACCAGUAUGUCAAAGAUGAGAAAGCUGUAUGUGGCCCUGAAACCAGGAGGAGCGGAGGCUAAAUCAGCCUUUUACAAAAUUCUACUGGAUCAACAUCCUCUUGUAGUCAAAGAACUGGGUAACCCUAUCUGGUUCUACACCAGGCCAAUGGAAACUACCUCUCAUCACCCCUGUAACUAUUCUGUAGUAAAAUAUUGUAGUCCCAAGUACUUCUCCGCAUCUGCCACCCUGGACUUGGACCAGCAGAAGGAUGAGGAGGAACAGGAGAACAAAUGUGAGUUGGUGAAGAUGAAGAGCAACCUGAGGAGAUCCAAGCAGGGGGCUGAUGGGGAGAAACACCACUUAGGGAGCCUCAGGGCAGACCCUCACCUUCUUAAUUCUCACCACAACCCCCUCGAGACCAUCUCCAACUCGUCAGACUGA